UGCCAUCCUUACCAUAAAUACUGUUUAGUAUCAAAUUCAGUGCCAUAGAUUUGCAUUCAUUAAGAAGAAGAAAGAAAGGAAGAGCCAAACUAGGAUUCCCUAAUUAAAGGUAGAGAUUAUGGAAGAGAUUCAGCAGAAAGAAGAAAUUAAACAAAUUGUUCUUGAAGAGCAAAACGAAAACCCCACCAACAAGCAACAGGAGGUAGCUGAAAAGGAAGAGCUUGAUCAUCUGAAAGUCGAUGAAGAUGAGAAAAUUGUUCCUGUACUUAACAAUAAUGCGGCACAGCAAGCUGCUGGAAGAGUUGAAGGAAACCAAAAGGACCGAGCAAGGAAAUUGAAUCAAGGUUCAAAAUUAUCGAAUCUCAAGUCAAAGGCUACAGUGCCUCAGCCAUUUUCUUUGGCAACUGAGAAAAGAAUACUAUCUAGAGAAAGACUAGCUUCAGUGGAUUUUUCUUCAUUGACUGAAACAAAAUCAAUGCCUAAAGAAAGACGAGGCUCAGUGGACUCCAAGGAUUUGCAACGUCCUAAGCUUACGAAAUCUGUUAGUUUAAGCCACAAGACUCAAUCCUUGUCAGGUCCUGGAUUUGGAGAAACCUCAAAGGCAAAACAUGCAAAUUCUACCAAUAUUGCUGCUAAAACAAAUUCCAAGAUCAAAGUCACGACGACUGACCAACAUGGUGACCAUAAGAAAAUGGAGAGUGGUUUGAAAAAUAACCAUAAGAGUGAAGCUAAAAAGGAAAUUGAAAGGAGAUUCUUAGGAGUCACUGCCAAGAACCGGCAAGGAGAUGAAUUGGACAAAGACAAUAAACUUCAGAAAAGCUCCACAUUCAAAGCGUCUCCAUUGCCAAGCUUCUAUCAUCGAAGAAAUCCUCCCUCAAAACCUGAAGUAAAUAAGAUCCAAGCAGCACGUCCCAAGUCUCCUGUAACUGGGGCGAGAAGGAAGUCCAUGUCUGGCGCUGAUAAACCCAAAUCAGAAGAAAAGGGCAAGACUGUUGCCAGAAGAAGAAGUAGUAAUGGCGCAAAGGAGACAAUAAGCAAACUAUUUAAAACUACCAAAAAUACUUUGAUUGGCUCCAAAGAAACCAUGAAAGGUGUUGUUGCCAGCGCAUGA